GGAGACAAGUUUACAGUCUGGCAACACUAAGACGAGCAGUCGGGAGGAAUUUGCAGCGUAAAAGUCGAAUUUCAAGCCCCUGAAAGAUGCGUCUAUCCUCGAUCCUGAAUGGCCAGCACUUUGGCAACUUGGCCAAGGUGCAUGGAAUCGUCACCUACAAACUGUCGCCCUUCGAGCAGCGCGCUUUUGCCGGAGCGAUCAGCAAUGGUCUGCCCAACAUGGUGCGUCGCUUCCGCUCCAACGUCUUCAUCGUGGCUCCCCCCUUCAUCCUGGGAUACCUGAUCUACGACCUUACCGAGCGCAAGCACACCGCCCUGCUGCGCAAGAACCCCGCUGACUAUGAGAACGACGAAUAAUCGCCCCAACUAGCAAAUAGUUAUGUUAAACUAAUUAAUAAAACUAAACCCACAGUUCAAAAGAGUUGUGUGUUUCGGUUGCUGGAAGGCUAAACGACAA